CUGUCUCCAGGGCAAAUCAGCACAGCAAGGGAGAAAGGGAUGUAGUAAAACCACAGAUGGAGUUUUAUGGAAAGAGGAUUUGGCUCUUUCAUACCCUCAUGCCUUCAACAAAGCACGUUCCAGGCUGUGCAUUUAUACAGGGACCCCCUCCCCAGUGCUGAGAUGCAGCUGUUUCUAGGCUGCCUCCUCUGCAGUGCCUGCAAAACUCCCGGGACACCUCUCCCAGCAGUCAACCCACCUCCAGCUUCCCAGGAUGCACCCCUUGCGUCUGCUCAUUUACCUUGGCACAGUGCUGGCCCCGAGCCAUGGAUGUGUGGAUGUGGAGGGACCCGUCACCUUCCAGGAGGCAGUCAGGGGGUUCGGGCAGAGCGUGGUGCAGUUCGGGAGUGCCAGCGCCGGGGGGCUGCUCGUUGGGGCCCCGCUGCAGACAGGAGAUGUGAAUGAAACUGGCAAAGUCUACAAGUGUGACCCAGGCUCCAAACACUGCCAGGAGAUCCCCAUCCUGAGGCCCCCCGAUGCCGUGAACAUGUCCCUCGGUUUGUCUCUGGCUGCCCGGGGCUCCAAUCUUCUGGUGGGUACCACCCCUUGGGGUAGGGAAGUGGCUCGGUCUGUGGGUUGUACCCAGGGGGUUGGGUGAGUCUCUGCCCCUGUC